AAGUGAGAUCACCGUCGGGGCAAUGGGUGAUGAAGAGAGAAGAGGAGGGAAGGUCGUGCAUUUUGUCGAACAGUUGGAGGAUGAAGACGUUACUGUCGUCGUAGACCACGGAGAAUCCGGAGGGGGGUGACUGUGAAGGUAGACGCCAAGGUGGUGGAGGUGGAGGGGCCGCGCGGCAAGCUGGCGCGCUACUUAAAGCACCUGAACCUGGACUUCCAGCUGCCGGAGGGCGGCCCGGGGAUGUGGUGGACGACUGGUUCGGGUCUCGCGGCAGCACUGCCGCCAUCCUCAUCGGUAUCAGCCACGUCGACAACCUGAUCAUUGGUAUCGCCAAGGGCUAUCGCUACGACAUGCGCUUCCAUCACCAACAACAGCUCCUGCAUUGAGAUCCACAACUUCCUCAGAGAGAAGAAGGUUAUCCAUCUUCCUCGCUCAGCUGAUCUAGUCUUGUCUGGUGGAUUUGUCUUCCAUAUUGUAUAAAUUAAUUGAUUAGCUUGUAGUAAUUGGGACGGAAUAAUAUUUAUCAGUUCGUAGUAUUUGAUAUGACAAGAGGAUUUGGAAGCCCUUAUGGACAGCAAUGGCUCAGCAUUUAGAAGGUAUAUUGAAACUGGGUUUGUUAGAGAAUGUAAUAAUUGUCUUCCCAUUAAUAGAAAAUUUCAACAUAGUGUAGAACAUUGGAAAAAGACCGAUAUGAUCUCCUCUUUGACUCUUGGAGCUAAUUGACUGGGUUCCAUCACUAAGCAAGAACACCUUGGGUAAAAAAUUUAUCAGGGAAAUGCUUUAAUUUCGUGACUUGUUUGAUAGCUAGCCAAUGAUAACCUGUCAAUUCCCUUCUCCAUAUCAACUUUUAUAAGGAUUUGGGGAAUUCCACCUUUAGAAUGACACAUUGUGUGAACCAACUCUUGUGGUAUCAUAAUUGGGUCAUGCAAACUCCUCUUUAGAAAGUUUGAUCGUUCCUGUUAGGAAGUUCCUCCCAGCAGGAUCUUGACUGCUUUCCAACUUUAAGAUAUGAAUUCCACCUGGGAACUUAUUAGUAAGUCAAGUGCGAAAUUGCUCUUUGCUUUAAUUGAUCUCAUUGGGGUCAAAGAAAACUUCAUCACCCAAAGAACUUUUAAUAUGUCAACAAGAUUAUGUGAGAGAAGACUUUCCUUUGUCAUUCCAUGGGUAAGUGACCCCUUUGAAAACUUUAGCCUAUGAGAUUGCAGAAGAGAAAUUCUCUCCUGAAGAGAAGGAUCAGGAGGCUUUCUUGGUUGCGUCAAUUAUGGAGAUAGAAUAGGUAUCUCAGGUUUUUUAGUGGACUGAGCAGUUGCCAUCUUGUAUGUACUGUAAACUCAAUGCUAUUUCAUUCAUUUUUUAACACAUUUUUUACUGGCAUGAACAAAGUUGGAUUGGUAUCUUUAUAUCGUGAUUUUUAUUUAAACAUGAGUUUUUGAAAUCCUUCCUUUGUUUAAUCUUUCCAUGUUCCACAACUUCCUAAUGCUGCCUUUGAUAUUGAUAUAUUCUUUGUGCUUUAUUGUUUGUGAGAGUUUGGAUGAAUCAUAACCUUUUGUACAUUUGCGCUCUUAAGACCCCAUAUUGGGGAAGACUCUUGCAUUGAGACUUUCUCCAUGUCAAUUCUUCUGAUCCCUUUUUAUUUAUAUGGUUUCAUCGGAUAAAUAUCUUUCUCUGUGUACUGCUCUAGUGUCCUCUUAGUGAAGCCUUAGCUCACUCAGAAACAUCUAUGAAUGUGCAGUGCAGAGAACAUCAUAUGUUUCUCGAAGGCCCUUCCUCCUCAUACUUAUCUUAUGGUCUAGAUUAUCCUACUUGGUUGACCUAACAUAAAGGCCUAGCAGUAAUCUAGCAUUAAGCUAUAGCCAGUCUCGCAUUCAAAACAAAGUAGCUUAUCCAUAUUUUUAUUCAACUGAUAAUAAUAUUUUGUGAAAUUUAUUACUCUCUAGAGAUUUAGCAUUUCAGUGUGUUUUGCUCAUUAUAUUAUUGUCAUAUACAAGCAUUUGCAGUAUGUGUUGUAGUUUGUAAAUAAAAUUGACUUAAGAAAACAGAUGAUACAAGUACAAUACAUCAUUAUCCUUCUCAAAGCAACUAGUAAAUCCAUGUGCUGCAUGUAUAUAUUUGGUAUGUUUAUGCAUAAAUAUAUAAUUUUCUUGAUAUAUUGCUACUAUCCAGAUUACAUUUUUAUUUUUAAACCAAUUUGCAUGAUUCAGCAGUCUUAAUAGUCAUAUAUAAGCUUGUAAACUGCAAUCUCUUUAAAUUUUUGGACUAUAUUACCACUAGUUGUAUCUGCUAGUUCUUUAUGACUCUGACCCUUGUCUUGGAUGUUUGAAUGUGUUCUCUCUGCCUGGUGGGAGAUGGAGAUUUGAUCCCAUCCUGCGCAAGCUGCACAUUUUCGCACCUGUUUUGGUGGUUAACUUUCCUUUGUGGGCUUCAAUGAGAAUGAUUUUAUACCUUGUGAUCUGAGAUGACCUUCUUAGGCCUUGUGGCCUAUGUUGCACAGCCUAGUUCCCCUUCUGAAAGAAAAGAAGUGACACUGAAGCUACUUUAUCUGAUUAAGUGGGUGGUGCUUUCAGAAGUUUGUGCAAAGUCUCUUCUUCCAACAUGAAGAAUCAAGUAGAUAGUUGACCUGCUGGGGCAUUUUUUUCAGACACGCUCUGGGAUGGCGAAGCAUCGAGCGUCCUCGACGGAUAUGGACGUGGGAAUGGGUUGGUGGGGGAAGUGGAAACCCGUCCUGGUGAUGCUGGCCAUCGUCGUGGCCUACGCGGUGAUGAACAUCAUGAUCAAGAAGGCGAUCGACGAGGGCACCAACCGGCUACUGCUCAUCACCCUCCGGCAGCUCAUCGCGGCUCUGAUCCUGUCACCCAUCGCCUACUUCCGCGAGAGGAAGACGAGGCCGCCUCUCACCGCCGAUAUCUGCGUCCAUCUCUUCUUCAGCGCAGCACUCGGCGCGGCGCUGACGCAGUACCUCUUCCUCCUCGGCCUGCAGUAUACUUCGGCCACCUUCGCGUGCGCCUUCGCCAACAUUCUUCCUGUGCUCACCUUCCUGAUGGCGUUACUCUUCCGGCUAGAGACGCUGAAUCUGAAGCGGACGGCGGGGAUCGCGAAGGCGAUCGGGGCAGCCGUGUGCAUCGCCGGUGCAAUGCUGCUAUCGCUAUACAAAGGCGUGGCUUUGACCAGCUCACCUCACCCAUCGAGGGCGUCGGAGCCUCGGCCGACGCACCUCGCCGUCGACUACACCUCGAGACAGUGCUUGAUGGCCACGGUUGCGCUGUUCGCCGCCUGUCUUUGCUACUCCUCGUGGUUCCUCGUCCAAUCCAAGGUCGGCAAGAAGUACCCUGCGCUGUAUUCGGGCGCCGCGCUCGUCUUCCUCAUCAGUUUCCUUCAGGCCGCCGCGCUGAGCUUAGCCAUUCAACGAAGCUUCUCCAUGUGGAUUCUGAAGACGAAGCUGGAGUUGAUCACUGUGCUGUACUCGGGGAUAGUGGGAUCAGGGAUAGGGUUCUUGGCCAUGUCAUGGUGCGUGGAGAAAAGAGGACCACUGUUCACCUCUGCAUUCACUCCUCUCAUACAGAUCAUCGUGGCCGUCAUCGACACCUCCGUCCUCCAUGAACGGAUCUACCUCGGAAGUGUUCUUGGGUCUGCGCUCGUGAUCCUUGGUCUCUACUUCCUCUUGUGGGGCAAAAGCAAAGAAACCCGUAAUAGUGAAGUGAAACCUGCGGAGGGCAACGAAGAGAACAAAGUGCAGCUGCAAACAGUGUAGUGACCAGGAAAGCAGGAUCCUGAUGCCAUUGCUGUGUCCACUACAAAAGCAUCAGUAGCAGAAACUUAAGCUCGAGUGACAGAAUCUGCAGAAAGUGGUGUUCAGUACCAAUUAUAGUCCAAGUAAAGAUAAUGCAAACUACUAUUGGUUUAAUGGUUGCCCAUGAUUAACUA